GGAAAUAGCAUCUACCGUGAAGAGGUUGAGAAUUCUGCAGAGAGAAGUUUUAGCUGGACCAGGCGCUUAUGAAUCAGAAAUAAAAUAUGAAGAAUAUUAAUGUUCCAGAGAGAGAGAUGUGAGCGGUGAUGAUCAGUAUAAGGAGGACAUCCCUACAAGGAAAGACUUGAUCUAUAUUAAUGAUCCAGAUAUAAAGGAAAAAGAAGAAGAGACAGAUGUGAGGGAUUAUGAGCAGUUUAAGGAGGACAUUCCUACAGGGAAAGAUCUGAUCUAUACUAAUACUACAGACAUUAAGGAGGAAGAAGAGACAGAUGUGAGCGGCGAUGAGCAGUACACUGAGGACAUUCCUACAGGGAAAAAUCUGAUCUAUAUUAAUGCUACAGACAUAAAGGAAGAAAAGGAGACAGAUGUGAGCGGUGAUGAGCAUUAUAAAGAAGAUAUUCCUACAAUGAAAGAACUGAUUUAUAUUAAUGCUACAGACAUAAAGGAAGAAGAGACAGAUGUGAGGUGUGAUGAGCAGUAUAAGGAGGACAUUCCUACAGAGAAAGAUCUAAUCUAUACUAAUACUACAGACAUAAAGGAAGAAGAAGAGACAGAUGUGAGCGGUGAUGAGCAGUAUAUGGCGGACAUUCCUACAGGGAAAGAUCUGAUCUAUACUAAUACUACAGACAUAAAAGAAGAAGAAGAAGAGACAGAUGUUAGCGGUGAUGAGCAGUAUAUGGCGGACAUUCCUACAGGGAAAGAUCCGAUCUAUACUAAUACUGCAGACAUAAAGGAUGAAGAAGAAGAGACAGAUGUUAGCGGUGAUGAGCAGUAUAAGGAGGACAUUCCUACAGGGAAAGAUCUGAUCUAUACUAAUACUACAGACAUAAAGGAAGAAGAAGAGACAGAUGUUAGCGGUGAUGAUCAGUAUAUGGGAGACAUUCCUACAGGGAAAGAUCCGAUCUAUACUAAUACUGCAGACAUAAAGGAAGAAGAAGAAGAGACAGAUGUUAGCGGUGAUGAGCAGUAUAAGGCGGACAUUCCUACAGGGAAAGAUCUGAUCUAUACUAAUACUACAGACAUAAAGGAAGAAGAAGAGACAGAUGUUAGCGGUGAUGAGCAGUAUAUGGCAGACAUUCCUACAGGGAAAGAUCUGAUCUAUACUAAUACUGCAGACAUAAAGGAAGAAGAAGAAGAGACAGAUGUUAGCGGUGAUGAGCAGUAUAAGGAGGACAUUCCUACAGGGAAAGAUCUGAUCUAUACUAAUACUACAGACAUAAAGGAAGAAGAAGAGACAGAUGAUAGCGCUGAUGAGCAGUAUAUGGCAGACAUUCCUACAGGGAAAGAUCUGAUCCAUACUAAUACUGCAAACAUAAAGGAAGAAGAGACAGAUGUGAGCGGUGAUGAGCAGUAUAUGGAGGACAUUCCUACAGGUAACCAUCCAGAUAACUGUACCAGGAGAUCAGAGGAGAAUCUUAUAUCUUCAGAUUAUAAAGCAGAUAAUGAUAUCACACAAGAUACAUAUGGAGAACAUUCCAUUAUCCCAGAUACAUCCUCAGCCCUUCACAGCCAAGAUCUCUCAUCUGAUCCUUUAAAAACAGCCCUAUCAUCUGAUGUAUCACAGCAAAAUAUGAGGAAGCCAUUUUCGUGUGCUGAAUGUGGGAAAUGUAUUACUCAGAAAUCAGAUCUUGUUAAACAUCAAAGAAUUCACUCAGGAGAGAAGCCAUUUUCAUGUUCAGAAUGUGGAAAAUGUUUUUCUUAUAAAUCAAAUCUUAUUCAACAUCAAAAAAAUCACACAGGAGAGAAGCCAUUUUCAUGUUCACAAUGUGGGAAAUGUUUUACUGUGAAACGAUCUCUUGUUAAACAUCAAAUAAUUCACUCAGGAGAGAAGCCAUUUUCAUGUUCAGAAUGUGGAAAAUGUUUUUCUUAUAAAUCAAAUCUUAUUCAACAUCAAAAAAAUCACACAGGAGAGAAGCCAUUUUCAUGUUCAGAAUGUGAAAAAAGUUUUUCUUAUGAAUCAAAACUUAUUCAACAUCAAAAAAUUCACACAGGGGAAAGGCCAUUUUCAUGUUCAGAAUGUGGGAGAUGUUUUAUUCAUAAAUAUGAGCUUGUUAAACAUAAAAGAACUCAUACAGGAGAGAAGCCAUUUUCAUGUUCAGAAUGUGGAAAAUGUUUUGCUUAUGAAACAAAACUUAUUCAACAUCAAAAAAUUCACACAGGAGAGAAGCCAUUUUCAUGUUCAGAAUGUGGGAGAUGUUUUAUUCAGAAAUAUGAUCUUUUUAAGCAUAAAAGAACUCAUACAGGAGAGAAGCCAUUUUCAUGUUCAGAAUGUGGAAAAUGUUUUUCUAAUCAAUCAAAUCUUAUUCAACAUCAAAAAAUUCACACAGGAGAGAAGCCAUUUUCAUGUUCAGAAUGUGGAAAAUGUUUUACUUCUAAAUCACUUCUUCUUAUACAUCAAAAAUGUCACAUAGGAGAGAAGACCUUUUUCUGUUCAAAAUGUGGGAAAUGUUUUACUGACAAAUCAAAUCUUGUUCAGCAUCAGAAAAUUCAUACAGGAGAGAAGCCAUUUUCAUGUUCAGAAUGUGAAAAAAGUUUUUCUUAUGAAUCAAAACUUAUUCAACAUCAAAAAAUUCACACAGGGGAGAAGCGAUUUUCAUGUUCACAAUGUGAAAAAGGUUUUUAUCAGAAAUCAGAUCUUGUUAGACAUCAAAGAACUCACACAGGCGAGAAACCAUUUUCCUGUUUAGAAUGUGGGAAAUGUUUUACUCUAAAAUCACAUCUUGUUCAACAUCAAAAAAUUCACACAGGAGAGAAGCGAUUUUUGUGUCAGGAAUGUGGUAAAUAUUUUGCUCAGAAAUCAGAACUUAAUAGACAUCUAAGAAUUCACACAGGAAAGAAGACAAUUCAGAGCAAUAAACCUCUGACCCCGCUGACCCGACUCAGGACCAGAACAAUGGCACCUAAACUGGAUCCUACGAAACAGAAGGAUAGAUCUGCGGUGGAGAAGCUGCAAGACUAUGCCCGCGCAGUGAAGCAAGAUGGCGCUGGGCGGGCUGGGCCGCAAGGUCAAGCGGAGGAGCGAGAGGCCUUGCUACCCGAUGACGACUCUGCCGGCCCUGAGCUGACCCUUCGGGAGGUGAGCGACACCCUCUUGAUGGCUAUUCAGACAUGCCGGACCUCCCUUACGGGCAAGAUGGAGGAGGUCAGGGUGGAUGUUGGCCUUCUCCGUCAAGAUUUGCAGAGUCUCCGGGAACGGGUGGGGGAGACGGAGACUCGCAUUUCCACUCUAGAGGACACGGUACAGCCCUUACCUUCCUCCUUACGAGCGGUGCAGGAGCAGCUGGAGUCGGUCCGCCAGAAGAAUGACGACCUCGAGAACCGGCUGCGCCGGAACAACAUACGGGUGAUUGGUCUCCCAGAACGCGCAGAGGGCCAGAAUCCCGGUGCCUUUGUGGAGUCAUGGAUUCGGGAGCUCGUGCCAGAUGCUCCCUUCUCUGCUGCUUAUGCUGUAGAGAGGGCGCACCGAGUGCCGGCGAAGCCACCUGUACCGGGGGCCCCUCCUCGCCCGCUGCUAGCAAGAUUCCUCAAUUGCAAUGACCGGGACCUGAUACUUCGUUUUGCCCGACGGCUGCCGGAGAUCACGGUCCAGAAUGCCAAGGUGUCCAUCUUCCCGGACUUCUCCUCCGAUCUCCAGCGCAAGAGGGCCUCCUUCACUUCUGUUAAGGCGCGGUUGCGUGAACGGGGGGUGCCGUAUUCCAUGGCCUACCCUGCCCGACUCCGGGUGGUGGAUGGAGACCGGGCGAUUUUCUUUGCCACCCCGCAGGACGCAGAUGAAUGGCUGAGACUUGGUCAUGGAUCGCCACAGUACCAGAGGGGUUCCUUUGGGUACUGGGACCACUCCUCUUUGUUGGUAGAUGAAAUUGGCUGGGUGGACAUCUUUCGGGAUCGCCAUCCUCAUACUAGACAAUUCUCCUGCCACACUCUGGGUCGCAAUGCGUUGUCCAGGAUCGACCUCGCUUAUGGUAAUCCGCUUCUCAUGUCUCAGGUCUCGGCGGUUUCGUAUGAACCGCGUGCUGUAUCUGACCAUUCUCCAUUAUUGCUGGACAUUCGCGUGGCCGAUUCUGGUACACCGCAUAGAUGGAGAGUACACCCUUUCUGGCUGGAUCAGAUUUGCCCAAAUGACCGUAUCCCGGACCAGCUUCAGGUGUUCCUUCGAGCCAAUGUUCCAGGAGGUUCUCCUGUGCUGGUGUGGGAGACUCUAAAGGCAUACCUGCGGGGCUGCCUGCGAUCUACGAUCUCUUUUAUUAAGAAAUCUGCAUCUCGGCGGGAGGAGGAACUGGCCAGUUCCUGCACCGCUCUGGAGGCCAGAUAUGUGGCGGACCCUUCAGAGUCUAAUAAGGUGGCUUGGCUGCGGGAGGGAAGACAAUAUAUGUUACAUCUUCACGAAAAGGCCAAUAGGAAAUUAUUUUUCACCAAGCAAUUCUAUUUCGAACAUGGUAAUCAAUCCAGUAAACUGUUAGCUCACAAAGUAUGGCAAUCUACUUCAGCUGCUCAGGUUCUUAAAAUUAAAGCCCCAGAUGGGUCUGUGCUGCUGGGGGUGGAGGAGAUGGCACAAAGUUUUUCUGCUUUUUAUACUAACCUCUAUUCUUCGCAGGUUCAAUAUGAUGAUGCGGAGCUGGCUUCUUACCUGGACGGCAUAGAUUUCCCUGUUUUAUCUGAUAGUGAUAGAGACAUGUUGGAUGCCCCUCUUACGCUCUUGGAAGUGCAGGAAGCAGUAGCUGAUAUGACUAGGGAUGACUGUACCAGGAGAUCAGAGGAGAAUCUUAUAUCUUCAGAUUAUAAAGCAGAUGAUGAUAUCACACAAGAUACAUAUGAAGAACAUUCCAUUAUCCCAGAUACACCCUCAGCCCUUCACAGCCAAGAUCUCUCAUCUCAUCCUUUAAAAACAGUCCUAUCAUCUGAUUCAUCACAGCAAAAUAUGAGGAAGACAUUAUCAUGUGCUGAAUGUGGGAAAUGUUUUACCCAGAAAUCAAGUCUUUUUGAACAUCAAAAAAUUCACAGAGGAGAGAAGCCAUUUUCAUGUCCAGAAUGUGGAAAAUGUUUUACUCAGAAAUCAAGUCUUGUUGAACAUCAAAAAAUUCACACAGGAGAGAAGCCAUUUUCAUGUCCAGAAUGUGGAAAAUGUUUUACUCACAAAUCAUAUCUUGUUAAACAUCAAAGAAUUCACACAGGGGAGAAGCCAUUUUCAUGUGCUGAAUGCGGGAAAUAUUUUACUCAGAAAUCAAGUCUUGUUGAACAUCAAAAAAUUCACACAGGAGAGAAGCCAUUUUCAUGUGCAGAAUGUGGAAGAUGUUUUACACACAAAUCAUAUCUUGUUAAACAUCAAAGAAGUCACUCUGAAGUGAAGCCAUUUUCAUGUUCAGAAUGUGGUAAAUGUUUUACUGCCAAAUCAAAUCUUAGUAAACAUCAAAGAAUUCACACAGGGGAGAAGUUAGUUUCAUGUUCAGAAUGUGGAAAAUGUUUUACUCAGAAAUCAGAUCUUGUUAAACAUCAAAGAACUCACACAGGGGAGAAGCCAUUUUCAUGUUCAGAAUGUGGGAAAUGUUUUACUGAGAAAUCAACACUUAUUAGACAUCUAAGAACUCACACAGGAGAGAAGCCAUUUCCGUGUUUGAUAUGUGGGAAAUGUUUUAGUGGGAAAUCACAUCUUAUCAAACAUCUAAGAAUUCACAAAGGAGAGAAGACAGUUGAGAGCAAUAAAUGAUGCAGAUAAGACAUCUAUAUAUUAACCAUGUACAUAGGAUAUCUGACAUUCAUACAUAUAUCAUAUACUGCAUCUCCAAACUUGUUCCCAAUUGUUAAUAAAAGUUUUCUUUUAGAACGUAGUCACCGAUCCAGCUAUGUCAUCACUAUAGUUUACAUGGUAGGAAAAGAGUGUGAUAUAUGGUUGUGAUAUUCACUGCUCCUCAUGGAGAAGACCCAACAGGCAUAAUCCAUGGGGAGCUGCUACUGGAGACCCAAACACCUCAGAGAGAAGGGACUUAUUCCAGUGAGGAAGAAUUCCAGGACAUGACCAGAUUAGAGACACAAAAUCACUUCUAUCUUCUGGCUUCUAGGACAUUAUUCUGAUGGAAGAACUUUACACAUUAUAAACAGUCCUAUAGGUGUUGGGGAACAUUUAUAGACAAUUGUUGGCCCCGGCUGUCAUGGCGUACCAUAGAAGAUGAAUGAAUAUCGCUCCAUAGUGUAUAAUAUCCAAGACAGAAUAAAUACAAUAUCUGUUACCACAGUACACAACAAUGGUGAGAUUGUGCAUGGAUGUAACAAAAUAAAAUUAAGCAAAUUUGGGGGUGGUUUUCAUUUUAUGCCUUUUACUGGGCAGUGAAAUUGACAUGUUAUCUUUAUUCAUCAGGCUGUUGCAAACACAAGAAUACCCUACACCCCUCAAUACAAGUCUAUGGGAAAGGGCACGGUGGCCGCCACACCCCCUUCCAUGGACUUGCAAUAAGGGGGCGUGGACGUGACAUCACGACCCCCACAGCCCUAACUGACUGUUCUAAACGUACGCCGGGUGCUGCAGAGAGAUCGCGAGGGCCCAUGCAGUAUGAGAUCGCGGGGAGAUACUACGCAGAAUUAGCUGCCUUUUUUAUAUUCGAACAAUGUUUAUUCUAAGCAAAAUGUAAAACUUUUUAAUCUAUUUAUUCUGGACAAAAAUUAUUUUAGUCUUCAAGCGAAAAGUUUGUCUUUUUGUUCAAUGUCACUACCUAAUGAUUUCCAGUUAUUUUUUAGCUCGAAACAGAUACAUUCGAAAAUAAAAGGGGUACUCUGGUGGAAAACAAACAAACUGGCUCCAGA